CUAGACUGUCCACCGCUUCGAGUAGUCUUCCUGAAUGAUCAAUGGCGUCACAGAAGGCCAAGUGUAAUGGAGCAAACUAGGCAGUUGUGAGAGUCUGUUUGUUCGAUUCAGUUCCACUUACCUCUUCGUGAGAAAAAGAAAUGCAGCACUGCGGAUCUGUUUCAGGAGCGCUGCGGCUACGAGCGCAGCGCGUGUGUCCACUGAGUACGCGUUCCUGGUGCGACUCUCCAUUCAGGAGCGAUGCUGAGAGGCGACUAUAUCAUGCAGUUGCAUUUCCCAUGGUUUCCCUCGGUAUUCUUGUUCUGUUCGUCUCCUGCGUGUCUCUGUCACCAUCGACAGAACACUGCGUCGCAGAGGCUGCUGGGAACGUCGAAGCUGCUCUGUCUCACGUGGAUUCUCACCGUAGCGGUCGUGCUCCACACCUGUUGAAGACUAUGCAGAAGAAACUUGUUGUACCGGAGGACUCAUUCCCUUCCAGUUCUUCGCUGUAUCACCGGAUUUUCUAUGCAAGGAAGCUGCUGGCGCAACGCUCUGGUGGCGCUGAGCUGCCGAAGUCACUGGACACCACGCGGCUAGAAGGCCUUCUCAGAAGUCCGGCUUACAAGAAAAUUCUGGAGUAUCCUGGGGACCUUUGGCCAGGCGAACGCCAGCAGAGGUCCUUUCCUCCCACAGCAGAGUUUGACUGGGGCUCUCUGUCCCAGCAGCCCGUGCCUGGAUUCGUUGUGCAGCCGCUGCCUUCGUGGAUGCAGUCGGCAGAUCCUAGACAGGAGGACCUUGCGCCGACCUACGUGAAUAUCCGAAACAAGGUUGCGCUGCUGAAUGCAGCUUGGUUCUCGUGUCCGAAUGCCUUCCGUACGCGGAAGGGACAAGACGAAUUUACCGCGGAUUGCUUUGAAGAGGCUGACUCUGCCAGCGUAUCAGAUGUGAAGGAACAAGAAGAGAUUGGCAAAGUGCCCCGACUCUCAGUACCUUUGUACACGCCGGCACUUGACCGACGCAUGGGGCGGCCCCUCAACCCAAUUCUUUUUACUGCUCGCUGCUGUGCCAAUCCGGAGGGUCCUGGGUCCGAUGCUCGCUGCUCCACUUCGUCGUCUUUGCCGCGGCACCACGUGACAGGCCGAGGCGUGCUUGGCAAGUGGGGAGCCAAUCACGCAGCUGACGCGCUGCUGACAGCCAGGAAUCCAGUUAAUGGGAGACUUCAGGUGGCUCUCAUCCUUCGAACCGAUGGCAGUGGGAAGUUCGCGGUCCCCGGCGGAUUUGUAGACCCGACAGAUGGACCGCUCAUAGUUACGCCUAUUCUUCGUGAACUUCUGGAGGAAGCCGUUUCUUAUGAGGACGGCGACAACUCGGAAGAGAGCCAGCAGCGUUAUCGAGAGACACUGGGAGCUCUGCGGAAUAUCUUUGGUCCGUUCAGGAGAGACAGCCAGACAGGCAUAGUCACGUGGGAGAAUGAAGAGGAAAUAAAAUGGGGACAUCCUAUCUACGCAGGUUAUGUUGAUGAUGAGAGAAACACAGAAAACGCAUGGAUGGAGACUACUGUUUUGCAUUGGCACGUCUCCGAUGAAGAUUACAAACAUCUGCAUCUCCGGGCGGGGGACGAUGCCACGCUUGGGUCCGCGGCGUUCUACGACAUUGACGACGAUCCUCGGCUUGUGGCCAUGAAUGUGGACCCGCUGAAGGAUCUCUACGCCUCUCAUUCUUCAUUUCUGGUUAAAGCCAUUAAAACACACUUUCCAGACGAAACGGUGUUGCUCACCAAGCUCGGAGAUUUUUCAUGGUAGCUGGGCGACUAAAAUAAUUUGUGUUUUUCCGAACCUGGACCGCGUUUACGAACAGAUGAGUGCGCCUCGGCCGCCGGGAGCUCGAAAACCGUAAAGAUGGUACCGAUGACCUCUGUGAGCGUCAAACUUGUGUCCGUAUGUGACUCUCUACACUCGAUUGCAAAACAAAAUGCACGGUCGCAGCUAUGUGUCAUCCCAAUUGGCUUUCACACAGCGUGUACACGCGUACUAGGUGCAGCGCAUGCGUAAGCGUACACAUGUCCCCCGGGGGAAGUUGCUGCUUUUUUUUAAUUCGCCGAGACGCUGACUCGUAGUAGCGUUUGUUAAGUCCGUGACCGAUCUGAGGAAAUACCAUGCGGUUGCUGCCGUGUAUCGGUGGGGUUUGUUAUUCUUCACGAAUUUCAAGGCAUCGGAUGUGAAUGCAGGGUGUGGCAGCAGUUUGGCUGUCCUCUUUUUAUUCGAGCGACACCGAUAACGAUAGCCCGUGCGGAGAGAGGUAUGUUGGUGUGGCAGUUGUAAGCACGUGUAUCGUCUCCCACUGAGUAAUGGUGCAAGGAAAGAAUACGAACCGGUGUACUUUGGAUGCUGCAAAGGGGACGCGGAAGUGUCUGUUUAGGCUCGCCAAUCACAAGUGUUAAACCUGGAUGGGGGUUUCGUGUAAAGGCGACUUACGAGAGAGCCAAGCGCCGUCAAUUCAGCAAAACAAACGCCAAAUGAAGCCAGCCACCACAACGGUGGAACUUCAACCUUGUCGCUAUCAAGUCCGAAUAGUGUGCAUGGUCGAGCAGGGGUGUAUGGUAUUUGGCAUGGGAGGGAAUUUCCUUUCGCUAUCAUUUUUCAGUGCGUGAAAAGUGGGAAGCACCGAGAAGCACACAAUUUGCAGGGGUUCCACGUAGUAUACACGUACAAUAGUACGCUCAUGUUUCGUGUUGCUGCAUUUGCUCGGUAUUUACUGACUCGUGCAGAUACAAGUCUCCGGUGAUUGAAUGAGGUCAACCGUUGAGCACUGAGGAACAUUGUAGUUAUGAAGUUAGAGUAGCGGAUUAUCUGGGAAAUUCAUUAGCAAAGUAGUCAGGGAAAGAGUGGAGCUGCACGAGGC